ACGGAAUCUACGGUACGGAUGGAAUACUAGAGGGGCACUGUACCGAAACAUGGCGGUUGGGAAAUUAAUCAUUUUUAUAUAGGCCUAGGCCUAGUGUUUUGAUGUUGAAUAUUUAUUUGUAUAUGUAGACAAUCAGACUAUGAAAAUGGAAGAAUCCAUUGGUGAAGACACUAAAAGAGGUUUGUUGAUAUCAAAGCAGUUUACAUGUUGCGUGGUGGGGGACAUAGUACCAAGAUUUAGCACUGUCACCUUUGACGUCAUUGUUGACCAAUACACAUGGGCUGUGUACUUCUGAGGCCAUUUGAGAAAAAGUCAACUGUAAUUAUUGAGAUUUCUGGGACAAGUAGAAAGAGCCGAAACAUGGAGGCCACCGAUUCGAUUAUUCCAAUUGUACAAAGAAUCCAAAUAUCUCCACGAUCCAUGACUACGUUUGAGAGCCACACACAUUGGAAAGAGUCGUUCAGCAUCCUACAAGACUUGUAUUUAGAUCGUAAACUAUGUGAUAUCACGUUACUCGUCGGAAACAAACGAAUACACUGCCACAGACUCGUUCUUGCAUGUUGCAGUCCAUAUUUUAAAGCCAUGUUAACCUCUGACAUGGCGGAGAGUAGGCAGGAUACGAUAACCAUUAGGGAUUUAGACGAAGACGCCAUGGAAAAUGUAAUCAACUUUAUGUACACAGCAAAACUUGUUUUGACUAUUGACAAUGUGCAGAAACUCUUGUACGUUGCGAGUAUCCUGCAACUUGAGGUCGUAACAAAAGCGUGCUGCGAUUUUAUGCGCACGCAUCUUCACCCGAGUAACUGUCUCGGUGUACGUAAUUUUGCUGAGCUUCAUGGUCGAUCCGAACUUGUUAAGUCUGCAGAUAAAUUUACGCAUGAAUUUUUUUGUGAUAUUGUGCGACAGGAGGAUUUUUUGAAUAUUAGUUUUGAACAUUUUCUAACAGUAAUUGAAUCGUCUGAUUUGAAUGUUGAGAAUGAAAUGCAAGUAUACAAAGCUGUUAUGAAAUGGGUUAAGCACGACCUUAUAAAUAGAGAACGGUGUCUUCCAGAGCUAAUGUCUAAGGUCAGACUUCCAAUGUUAAGUCCAGAGUUCCUGAUGGAAGAGGUAGAAAACGAAGAGUUGUUUCGACGGAACCAUGCCUGUCGGGAUCUCGUUGACGAAGCAAAGAAUUAUUAUCUGGCAGUAAACAAAGUAGUCUCUAAGUUCUCACCCAAGUCGAUAACAAGCGAUCGUGUUAGACCAAGAAAAAGCUGUGCAGGUGUUAUUUUUGUUGUUGGCGGACGAGGUGCUACCGGUGAUCCCUUUCGAAGUAUGGAAUGCUACGAUUACAGGAACGACACGUGGUCACAGGUGAAGGAGAUGAAUUGGAAACGCAGGCAUGUUGGGGUUACGUCUAUAAACGGUAAAGUUUAUGCAGUUGGUGGCCAUGAUGGUAGAGAACAUCUGAACUCAAUGGAAGUGUUUGAUCCAAAAAAGAAUACUUGGGUUCUGGUCGCACCAAUGAACAAUAAAAGACGUGGUUUAGCUGUUGCUAGUCUUGGUGGUCCACUAUACGCUAUUGGGGGCCUGGAUGAUGAAGUGUGUUUCUCGGAAGUAGAACGCUACGACAUCUCCACAAACACUUGGGAGAAGGCUGCCUCCAUGAACACACCCCGAGGUGGUGUCGGAGUGUGCACAUUUAAUGGAUGUAUUUAUGCAAUCGGCGGUAAUGAUGGCCAAGCAACUUUGAACACCUGUGAACGUUAUAACCCUCACCUAAACAAAUGGUGUGAGAUAGCGCCAAUGCAUACAAGACGAGCGGGAGGCGGACUCACGGUCCUCAACAGGAGUUUAUACGCAAUAGGUGGAUUUGAUGACAGUUCACCAUUGAAUACUGUUGAAAAAUAUGACGUUGCAAAUGACAAAUGGAAAUUCAUAAAACCAAUGAACGUGUGUCGUGGUGGUGUUGGAGUCACGACCAUGUGUGGAAAAAUAUUCGCAGUUGGCGGUCACAACGGAUCAGCCUAUUUAAGUUCUGUUGAGUGCUAUGAUCCAGAUACAGACAGUUGGACGAUAUUGCACAACAUAGCAAUAUGUCGGGCAGGUGCUGGUGUAGUAACAUGUGCAUGUAGUAUACAGUUACUGAAAGAUGCUACAAAGAGCAGCGGGGACAUUGAGAGGUACCUAUAGAAGUAUGAUUUCCAACAAACCACAGAGAUACCUGUUUAGAGGUCAUCUUGUAGAGGUCUCAUUGCCAACAAAGCAGAGAAGUAUCUGGAGAGGUUUAAUUGUUAACAAGCCAAAAAAGUACCUGUACAGGUUUAAUUGCCAACAAAGCAGAGAGGUAUCUGGAGAGGUUUAAUUGCCAAAAACUCAGAGAGGUACCUGUCAACAAACCAGAGAGAAGGGCCUGUAGAUGUUUAAUUGCCAGUACUCCAGAGAGGUAUUUGUAUAUCUUUAAUUGCCAACAAUCCAGAAAGAUAGAGGUUUGUCUAUACACAUAAAGUUACUUUUAGAUGUUGGACUCCUGUGGAUUUGAUUGUUAACAGGCCUGAACCAAGAAGGUCCAUUGAGUUUCUAUAGACAUACAUAUCUAAACCAGUACGUCUGAGUAAAGACAUACUCACUUAAGCACAGAUGAUUCAUUGAGGUUCUAUAGACAUACACAACUGAACCAAGAUCAUCUAUUGAGUUCCUAUAGACAAUAUCUCAUGUCCACAAAGGCUAGAAAAUAUAAGAAGGAAGUGUUUUAUAUAUUUAAUUAGCUUUGCCCAUUACAAAAAAUAAUUUUUGACUAAAGGAUAACCUGUACAAUUAACACUCGCUUGUUAAAACUGUUGGUAAUAUUCAACGCAGAGAUGAUACAAACCAAAGUAAUAGUUGCCUGAUACACACCACACCUUGCUAAUAGGGAGAUUUUGCAACCUUACAAAACGAUAACCAAUACGAAUACGUCAUUAUCAUUAUUCGUACCGCAAACAUUCUUGACAACAUGCUGUAUAAGCUGAAUGAUUCUAAUUCUUCCAAAAGACUUUAGCCUGAUUCUCACGAGAGCCCUAGUAUCCGGAUCUGGAGCUAACCGUUAGCGCUAACCAUUAGCCCCUGUGUGAGAACGCCAGAUCCAUUAGCGCUAACCAUUAGUGGUAUCAGCGCUAUCAGUUAGCACAUUGAGCGCGUUUCUAUCAUCAACCAAUCGCACAUGCGCAUUUACAAUUUUACAGUUUGUUAUUGGCCAGUUAUUCGAUCAUCAUAUUCUUGGUAUCCGGAUGGUUAGCAGAGUCCGGAUCCUGCUAACCGUUAGCUGCCGUGUGAGAACAUAGCCAUGAAUGGCCUACGCUGUGACAGAUACGCUACUAUAGGCGGGAAGGAUUGUCUAAAAAUUUCAUUACGUAACCGUAUUCAUUAUCGUUUUCUUAAGCUUGUGAAAACUCCCUUAUGACUGCAAUACUGUUACAUGAAUUUUACUCUGCCUUAGUACCUCCACAGAGGUAUUGUUGACACAGUGCUUCAGUUGUACCAAUGAAAAGAUAGAAUACUGCGUAGCAAGGCGGUGCGGUUUAAAGAGUAACUCAUUAACUUGGAGGUACUGCAUGGUACCUGUAUGGUAUCAUUAGGGUGGAGCUGUAUAUACACCACCUCACAAUGAGUUACAAUGUCAGUACCUCUGUGAUACUGCUAAAUGCUUUGUACAAUUUAAUGGUGCUUCAUUAGUCUAUUUCAUAUUGCAUUACUUUUGUAAAUCUGAAGUUCUUUGAAAUAGUUUAAUCUUUAUCAAAGGAGUAUCGUAUGUCAGGGUAAUGAACUAAAAAUGUGACAGAAAGCACUAAUAACACCAAUAUCUUAUUGUGCUUUACUGUACAUGAAAAAUUGCAGUGACACGAUAUAUAGAUCUUUCCUGUUUCUAAACUUUUAAGAGAAUUGGAUCGAUAAAAAUUACAGAGUGAAAAAAUAACAGCAUAGGUUAAAGGAUAAUACAGUAAUGAUAGUUACGGUGCACCCUCGAAGUCGAGAACACUUAUUCAAAAAACCAAAUAAUAAUCUUAAUCAAAAGCUAACCCUCUAUAAUUGGAGUCGGAGAGCAACCAAAAUUUUCAGGUACCAAUGUGGUCUCAAAUUGGAGGGUGAAAUUUUGUUUUUAUUAAUUGUUUAUUUUUUUUAUUUGUGUAAUGGUUGACUAAUGGCUCCAUCCCUCUUUGAAGAAAGAGUAAAACCCUUUAUUUAAAAAAAAAAAAUCCUAUUGUUCACAAAGGAUUUAUCAAGAAAGGAUUUUUUUUUUUACAAAUGUUGCUGCAAUACCUGAUUAACAUAACUGAAUAGAGUAAGAUAAUUCCAUAAUUAUUCCAAAUAGUUGCCAGGUUUUCUAACAUAUUCCGAAUAAGUUGAAACAUUGAUUGAAUCAUACAAGAUACAUUCAACUUUAUCUUGAAUCUGUUAUCUGGCAAGUCCAAGAUUUUCUUCCAUAAUUGUCUCUUGAUUUGCAUUACAUUUCAAAUAUUUUAAAUGAGGAUAAGUGAUUGUAUUUUAAACCUGAUGUUGUGGCAAUAUUUUUUACUGUAUUAAAAUGUCAAUUGUAUAUUUUUUUUUGAAAUGAAUGUAUAUUAUAUACCAUUAUAAUAUGUUAUAUAUUAUAAUAUAACAUACCGUAUUUAUUCAAAUAAACGCCUCGCUUAAAAAAAAAUCCCCUUGAAUAAACCCCCCCCCCUUCAAAAACCUUCUCAACAAUAAACGCCCCUGGGCAGGGAUUUUUUUCCUGAAUAAAUACGGUAUAUUAUAUGUUAUGAGAAUGGUUAAGUUGUUUCGGAAAAAAACUAUUGGUUGGAAACAUAAUCAAGUAAUAUGAAUUUGAAUUAUCAACAGAAUCAAAUUAAAGUCUUUCAAAUGUGUAUAAAUUUUAAUUAUGGAGGAAAAUACAAAAUCUUUAGUUCUUUGAGUGUAACCCCACCCCCUGAUCACAAACUUGGAAUGACAUUUUAGAGGUGGUUUUGUACUCGAGGAUUGGAAAAAUAUACAAUAGAGAGCAGGUCUAGCAGGCCUCGCAGCAUCCAGCCUAGAACCUAAGCCUAAUGAAAUAUACAAUUUUUAUUCCAAACCUCUAAGGCUAGCGAAUGGGCUUAAACCACUUUAAGCAUGUUGCAUAAUUUUCUUUCUCAAACGCUUGGGAUGGGUUUAUACUCAUGGUACUACUGUGUAUAUUUUGUUUACCUUCAUGGUGUAAUCAAAAUAAUUGAUUCUCCUUAGUUUAUACAAAAGCAUUUUGCAAUUUAUUUUUAUAAUUCUCGAAUUAACAUUGUUCAAUUUAACCUUUUACAAGUAUGUACAAUUUCCAUUUUAAAUUGUGUAUUUAAGUUUCUAAAAACUAUAUUAUGUGUAAUGCCUGUAAAUAUGAAAUUUUUUAAUUAUGAAGUGUGAUUGAAUGUCUUAUGAUUGUAAGACACAACUAAUAUUUUCUGUUAACUUUAUUUGGUGAUAUUGGAAACUUUAGCAGUGGAAUUAAGCAAUUUGUGUUCAAAUAUAGUAUAAGUCACAUUUGCUCGAAUGUACAUCAUUGUCGCAAGAAAAUUGCAUUAUGAAGUGUAAUGGGAUCAUUUAUAGAAAUUAAAGCUGUGAUAUUUCAACCAUUCACAUGAUGAAUUGGCUAUGGAUGUUUUAUUUCAACAGACAUUAAAUAUUAUGUGAUGACUCGUGAGAGGCUGUUAUGUUUUAAUCAUUUGACCACUCGUCAUAGGUUGUCAUGUUUUAAUCUUUUGAUGGUG